AUGAGCGCGAGUCACGCCCACGAGCAGCGUCAGGACCGACCUCCGAUGGAGUUGGAAGUCUCUUCAAACGGGAGGGAAGGAUCUUUUGCUCAAAUACCUUUGCCGAGCAAAAGGCAGCAUACGAGAGAGCCUCUUGCUGUGCCCAAAGACACGCUGGAGGCCUGGCAUGAAGCGACAGUGUCAUCGCUUUCGCUCUUACCUGUGGCAUGUGUAGAGCCAAAUGCAACCGUUCGAACGGCCUUAGCAGCCUCACGUGCACAUCGCGGACAAAGUGUGUUGAUUGCUGAGCAAGGGUACCUCAGGGGAUAUGUGGACCUGAUUGACUUGGUAUCGCACGAGACGCAAGGGUCGCUGGACGAUCUAGUGCAGGACAUACAACAUCGUUUUGUGCCUUUAUCCGAUGGCACCUUUCGUGUUAUUCAUGCAGGCACGCGCCUCGCGGAGGUGGCUGUCUUUCUGGAGUCUGCUCCCCUUGCUCUCGUGUCAGAUGAAGCAGGCACGCAUAUUACGAAUGUGGUUGAGCGUGGGGAUCUCAUGCGAUAUGCCGAAACGAGUGGCAUGCAUGCGCCAGGGGGAAUGGAACAAGAGACGUCUAUGCCAAACAGGAAUGACGAAGAGUCACGACGCGAUCGAUCACUUGUCGAUGUGCUACGGAGACUGGACGGCUAUGCGCCCCUCAUUCCUGACGAAGUAACAGACUAUUACUUGGAGCGAGCGGGUUUCCAGUGUGAAGAUGUGCGCUUGAAGCGCCUCCUUGCUCUUGCAACGGAAAAAUUUGUUGCCGAUAUUGCGUCCGACGCGUUUCAGUAUGCUCGGAUCCGCACGAAUGCAGGUCCUGCUCGCAGCAGCCGCCCUACGCGAGACCGCGCACGCACUGUGCUCACUAUGGAUGAUCUGAGUGCGGCCUUAGGCGAGUAUGGGAUUGAUGCAAGACGGGCGGAAACGUUCCGUUAA